AUGCCGUCUACCUCGGAGAACUGGAUGACACAACGCAGGAUAGAAUCCGACGCUAUAUUGAUGUAUGAACGCGGAGCUUUUCGUGUCCCCAACUGGGCAAAUCUCUCCGCCUACGCCCGCUACUCCCGUCGCGUUUGUGUCGUUCCGGACAACUACGAGUACACACCCCACCUUCCCGCCGGAUGGGACAUCAUCACCGCCCGGUGCUUCGUCGUCUACUGCAAGCAAGCCGAUAUCCAGGCGUGGUGCGUGCAAGAGAUGAGUGCGCGCAUCUCGAGCCGGACGACCUUCCCCGUUCCUCACGCCGAGAUGAUGGAAAUCGUCAUGCGGAACCGGCCGGAGACCUUGGCGAUGGCGUACGCCAGGUACGAGCUGUUGGACCGGCGCCCACGCUUCCACCUUCAUCUCGCUGCCAAAGCCGAGCUGGAUUGGCUUCUCAUUGACGACGUGGACUGGCAAGUCUACUACAUCGGUGAUGCUGGGCAGGAGAUCGACGGUCUUGCGGAUAUCUACACCACUACCGGCGACCCAGUCGUCGACGGCUGCGACCCAGAUAUCCAGCCGGAGGUGGAGGAGAGGAAGGUGGAGGAGCUGCCUGCGCUCAGGAUCAAGAAGCGCAAGUCCGGCGGCAAGAAGAAGGGCAAGGACGAGAAGAAGUCCGAGGCUGACGCAGUGAAAGACGAAGCUGCGCCUGCCGAUGGCGCUCAUGUAGCUGAGAACUGUGUCGGUCAGUGA